UUGGGUUUUUUUUUGGUUGGUUUUUUUUUUUGUGUGUUUUUUUUAAAUUUAUUUUGAGGUUUUAUUUUUCAUUACAUGAAGCUGACAACUGCAGAUUUGCCCCGUGCUGCUCACACAGUUAAAAGAAGAGUUCAUGUCCACCCCAGCUUGUUUCACUUUGCUGCUGCUCCUGGGCCAGCCCAAAUUUCAGCUGCAGUAACACGAUCCCACUUGGCAGAGCCUGAGAGAAUCUUUGGCACAUUGGAAAGAGGCUUAAUGUAAAGUCUGCUUUUUUUUUUCUUUUUAUUUUUUUAAAAAGAAAUAUAUUUUUUUUUUUUUUUAGGGCUUUUUGAAGCUGCCCUGCUUGUGCACAGCUCUGGCAGCAGCUGCAGGGCUGCUCACAAAUGUGAGCUCAGGGAUCACAAAUGCGUUCCGGGCAGGGAAUGCCUUGAGAGCCUGUCCCAAGAAAACCCCCCAGAAACCCCUCCAGGACGAGAUGGAUCGGGCAGAGCAGCUCUCGGCCCUGGAGCAGAGGCAGAGCAGGGGCUGGAGGAGCACGCUGGGCGUUCUGUGUCUGCUCCCGGCGCUGGCCGUGCUGGCAGCUCUGCAAUCUCCAGCUGGAAUUCGGGACAUUCAGGGAGCCGUGCCAGGCCCAGCUGUGCCCAGCCCUGCCCCUGCCCGGCCCAGGCGUUACACCAUCACCCCCGGCCACCUCAAGUGGGACCACUUCAACCUCACCUACAAGAUCCUGUCCUUCCCCAGGAACCUGCUGAGCGCCAGGGCCACGCGCCGCGGGCUGGCGGCCGCGUUCCGCAUGUGGAGCGAGGUGUCCCCGUUCAGCUUCAGGGAGGUGCCCAGGCACCUCCCCAGCGACCUCACCAUCGGUUUCUAUUCCAUCAACCACACAGACUGCCUGGAGUCCCUGACCCACCACUGCUUCGACGGCACCACGGGCGAGCUGGCCCACGCCUUCUUCCCACCCCACGGGGAAAUCCACUUUGAUGACCACGAGUACUGGAUCCUGGGCAACACCAGGUUCAGCUGGAAGAAAGGAGUGUGGCUGACAGACCUGGUGCACGUGGCUGCCCACGAGAUCGGGCACGCCCUGGGCCUCAUGCACUCGCUGAACCCCAACGCGCUCAUGCACAUCAACGCCACCCUGACGGGCAAGAAGAGCAUUUCCCAGGACGAGGUGUGGGGAAUCCACAGGCUCUACGGCUGCAAGGACAGGUUGUUGAUGUGCCCCUCGUGGGCCAGGAAAGGUUUCUGUGAGAAGCGCAGGAAGCUGAUGAAGAAGCACUGCCCGUCCAGCUGCGACUUCUGCUACGAAUUCCCAUUUCCAACGGUGCCCCCCACUCUGCCCCCACCAAGGACCAAAACCAAGACAGUUUCUGAGGGCAGGAACGUCACCUUCCGCUGCGGGCAGAAAAUCCUCCACAAGAAAGGCAAAGUGCACUGGUACAAAGACAAGGAACUUCUGGAAUAUUCCUAUCCAGGGUAUUUAUCCCUAAAUGAAGAUCACAUGAGCAUCAUUGCAAAUGCAAUUAAUGAAGGAACUUACACUUGCAUAGUGAAGAAAAAAGAAAGAAUCCUGACUACUUAUUCCUGGAGAAUCAGACUGAAGCACUGAGCCAGCCUGGAUUCAGCUCCUGCUCCUGUUUCCAGCUGUUUCUUUGGCAUUUUAGAUUUAAUUUCCAGUAGUGCAACUGAAUUCUCCAGCAGCUGCUUUGGUUCUUUGGGAUAAAGACUCUGGGACUGGUUACUGGAAUGUCAAACUCCUCCAGAUUCCUUUGAGUGAUAAAGAAUUGAUCAACUAUUUGCUGUACAGAGAAUUAAAAACAUUUUUUUUGUAA